GAACGAGCCGCUAAAUCGUGUACUCGCGGCCUCCAGAGGCCGCGUGUCCUGAUUGGUUGAAAUUAAGCGCUUUGAUUGACGCUGUCAAUCCACUGUCAAAAUAGAGACGUGAAGACGAUAACCGGGCCAUUUCGAAAAUUAUAUGGCGGAUUCUAGUCUGACUUCUCCUUUUGGCGAUUUAAAGCCUGAACAAAAGAAAGCUAUCCACGGAUUACUUAAAGGAAGAGAUGUUUUGGCUGUUUUGCCCACUGGUUUUGGAAAGAGUAGAAUAUAUCAAACCUUUGCAAGCUUGAAGGACGAUGAAGAAAACGGAGCUGUGGUUUUGGUUGUCUCACCUUUGCAGAGCAUUAUCGAAGAUCAAUGCGAAAUACUAAAUGCUGUCGAUUUUCCAGCCGCUGAUUUAUCAACUAUUACGGUGAAAGAACUACAAGACUGUAAAUAUAAAAUACUCUUCGGUUCUGCAGAAGCGGUUUUGUCUCAAGAAUKUCAAGGUGAACUGAAGAAUUCGUCUUCGCGACUUCAUCAACAACUUUGCGGACUCGUAGUCGAUGAAUGCCACACUGUUGAAACGUGGUCCGGUAAAAGAAAGAGAACAAAACGAAAAGGAGCAGAUCAGGCGUUUCGAAGUGCUUACGGGAAGCUUUCAACUUUGCGCUCUCUUUGUAAAGAAGGUGUACCAUUGCUUGCUUUGACCGCAACAGCUGACAAAGAAACACAGAGUAUUAUUUGUAAACAACUACUGAUGGACAAACCCGAGAUCAUAUUUGUUAGUCCAAAUCGUGACAACCUAAGGUUUACUGUGAUGAAAACAGACAAGGAAGAAAUGCACAAACACUUAGACUGGAUUGUCGAGCUUGUGAAAAGUCAUGGGAGGGAAACUCCCAAAACUAUAAUUUUUUGCAAUACAUUGAAGGAUGUUUCUGUAGUGGUUAACCAACUUGUUUUCAAGCUUGGUAAAUAUGCAUAUAAUCCAAGCACUUCACAGAAAAGAGAGGACCUUGUUCUGGGUAUCUUCCACUCAAUGUCUUGGAAAUCAAACAAAGAUGCCAUCCUUAAGUCCCUCAGAGAGAGUGGAAAGAAGCGAGUCAUUGUUGCUACCUCUGCAUUAAGUAUGGGGGUCAAUUUCUCAGAUGUGCGCUACAUAUUAAAUUGGGGCCCCGCUAGGUCUCUCCUSGGUCAACAUCAGGAGGCUGGAAGGGCUGGGAGRGAUGGAGAACUUUCACAUGUAAUAAUUGUCUAUCAUGGGCAUCAAUUAAUACAUUGUKAGGACGAUGUGAAAGAAUUUAUUAAAGCUAAUGGUUGCUUAAGAGUGAGUGCAUACAAACCAUUUGAUGCUAAUGUGAAGCCAUUGAAUCCUGGUCAUAAUUGCUGUUCAAAUUGUGCUGUGAACUGUGAAUGUAAGACAGAUGCAUGCAAACAGAAAUUGUGUUUUGAAAGUCACUGUGAUGAAAAAAUUGUGGAUAGACGAUUGCAAGUUACAAGAGAGGUCAGAGAAGAAGACAGAGAGUGCYUUACAAAUGCUUUUGAAGAAAUACGAGAAUCAUACCCAAGUGGUUAUAAMGUUUUUGGAGCAACGUCAGCCCAUGCCUUCUCCGAUKAUCUCAUAUCUGCUAUAAAUGAACACUGUCACAAGCUCUUCACUAUAAAUGACAUCUACUCAUACCUACCUGUAUUCUCAAUUCACCAUGCUAUUGCAAUACUGGAAGUGCUUGAUGAAACAUUCUCAGAUAUUCCACACAUUGAUCUGUCAAUCCUUACCAUUUAUGACCACAUAGAGCUGGACCAACCGGGAACAUUUACGUCCGAACCUUCAUCUAAUGAAGAGCAGUUUGAUGAUUUGUUUGAAAUGUUUCAAGAGGAACUGGACAUGAUAUCUCCUGAUGCAUCGGACAGUGAUGAUUCGACACAUGAUGAAUCGAAUUUAUUGCAAUGAAUUCUUUUGUACAAUAAACAAUUUUAAUUGAUUCUAUGGAACCUUAGGAAAUAAUUUUGAUCCUACCAGUUAUCAUUGUGUGUAAAUUACUUUAUUAAGAGAUGUCUGACAAUGGUUGGUCCCUUUGUUAAAGUCAAAAACUUACUUGUUUUAUUUGAAAAUGCAAUUAUUGCAAGUAUUCUUUACUGCAAAACUGUAACUCUGACAUGU